UCCCCGUCGCUGUUUUGAAAAGCGGGAAAACGAAACUACCGCGGUUGCUCUCCUUUCCCUUUGCUGAGGCGGCCAUGGCGUGUGGGGGUCCAGUCAAGGAGCUCUGCGAGGAAGCCACUUGCUCCGUCUGCCUGGAGUAUUUCAAGGAUCCCGUCACGAUCGCCGAGUGCGGCCACAAUUUUUGCCGAGGCUGCCUGACCCAGAGCUGGGGGGAGUCGGGGGCAGAGGCUUCCUGCCCCCAAUGCAGAGGAAUUGCUCAGCCGAAGAACCUCAGGCAGAACCUGCAGCUGGCAAACGUUGCGGCAAUAGCCAAGAAAUUCCCUCGUCAGGUGGCUCAAGAAGCGGAAGGCGAGGAGGGAGUCUGCGAGAAGCACGGGGAGCCCCUGAGGCUCUUCUGCAAGGAUGACGAAGAAGCCAUCUGCCUGGUUUGCGGAAGAUCCAGGGAGCACAAAGAUCACGAGGUGGCUCCUCUGGGGCAGGCUUCCCAAGAGUACGAGACAAUUGUGGCAGCUGUAAAGGAGACAGUUUGCCAGAAGCACCAGGAGCCGCUGAAACUCUUUUGCCAGGACGAUGAAGCUCCCAUCUGUGUGGUCUGUGUCGGAUCUGAGGAGCACAAAGAUCACGAAAUCCUUCCUAUUGAGGAGGUUUUCCAAGAGUACAAGGAUCAGUUCUACAAGUGUCUGGAGAUUCUGAAGAAGGAAAGAAAAAGAAUUCUGGCAUAUAAAGCUAAUCUAGUGAAGGAAAGCCAAGACCUGCUUAAGCAAACCAAAGGACAAUGGAACAAGACAGUGAACAGGUUCAAGAAACUGCACUCCUUUCUGGAGGAACAAGAGAAACUUCUUCUGGCCCAGAUGGAAGAGAUGGAGAAGGAGGUGGCAAGAAGAAGGGACAAGCACCUGGUGGAGCUCUCUGAAGAACUCUCCUCUCUUGAGAGCCUCAUCCAGGAUAUGGAAGAGAAGAUCCAGCAGCCAGCCAGUGAAGUCCUGCAGGCUGCCAGAAGCACCUUGCAGAGGUAUGAAGAAAAGGAGACAUUUGAGGAUCCAGUGACUUUUCCUCUUGCACUGAAAUGGCGGAUCUGGGAUUUCUGGAAUAUAAAUCCUCUUUUGGAGGGCAUCAUGAAGCAAUACAAAGACACUCUGGACUCCGGGUUUCAUCUGCAGAAAGCAAAUGUAAUUCUCGAUCCAGACACAGCCCAUCCUGAACUCAUCUUGUCGGCAGAUCAGAAGAGUGUGAGAAGGGGAGGCACAUAUGAACAUCUACCUAAGAAUCCUGAGAGAUUUGACCAAUGGGGUAUUGUGCUGGGGCGUGAGGGAUUCACAGCAGGCCAACAUUUCUGGGAAGUCAGCAUGCAAAGCAAGGAAGAGUGGGCUAUCGGGGUUGCCAGGAAGUCUGUGAAGAGGCAAGGAAAGGUCAUCUUUAAAUCUAAGGAAGGGAUAUGGGCGGUGGGGAAGUGGUCAGGUGAGUACAGGGCUAGCAUAGAAGGCCACUCUAUCCUGUCUGUAAGUGGAGAGCUCAAGAGGAUCCGAGUGUGUCUGAACUAUGCAGGGGGGCAAGUGGCCUUUUUCAAUGCCGACGGAGCGACUCUUCUCUACAAGUUCUCUGGAGCCUCCUUCUCUGGAGAGACCCUCUUGCCCUUAUUUUGGGUGCGUUCAGAAGGCCACCUCAGCCUCUCUUCUUAAAACCUUUCUUCACAUGAGGACCAUUAAAAAGAAAAUACAUUUUCUCAAGAGCCCUUUAAAUCCUGCAAAGGUCGCUACAAGCUCCCAGUCACCAAAACAGACUUAACUAAAAUGGAGACAGUUUUUGUAAGUUAUUUCUGAAAAUGACAGUAACACAUUUCACAUCACAAAGAAUAAUAGGCCUGCUCUAAAUAGACCCCUGGGCCUAUCCAGCUUCCAGGACCCUCAAUCUGCCUCCCAUCUAUUUCCUCCCCUCCAUCUCUGCCAGCUGUUGAGAGGGAAGCUCCAAGCCCUGCCUGGAGGUUGGCAACCCUCUGCUGAGAAAUUUGUAAUCAUAUCCCACAGCUUUUUAGUUGUUCCAGUGCCACUGAGAGGGGGAGGGAUUUGGAAAGGGAGAGCAGUGCUGCUGAAGGGGGUGUUUAGCCCUUUCUCGCAGGCCCCCAUUUUCUGAUCUAAGUUUGCCCCUUUGGGGAUACCCUACUGGGAUGUUUCCACUGUUUAUUUAUACUAAAGGUUUUUCUCCCUGUUGGCUUUAGUGUCUCUUCAAAACCAUACUAAGCCAUUUUCAUUUAUAUACCUACUUCUUUCUUUUAUGAUGUUUCAAAGGGACUGUGGCAUUUUUAUCCUCCCAGCAACCCGGUGAGGGAAGUUAGGGCAAGACCUAGUGGGCUUCAUGCCUGAGCAGGAAUUUGAACCCAGGCCUUGGCAGUCUAAGGCUAUAGCAAAUCUGGGCCUUGUAUUUUGGAGCAAAAAGCACCCCCCCAGCCCAGUUUGGCUGCUAGAUAACAAGUCAAAGGGAUGUUUCACUCCCACUGCACAUAUCUGGCCAGAUGAGGCCCAGCCUUGGUGUUGCCGCAUAGCUGAUCAAUUGCCAUAAAAACGUCCUGCCCCAUCUGCCCUCAUCCCUGAUCAUUCAAAAGCUUAACGGUUGCAAACUCUGUCUCAGUUCUGAGAUUUAUUCUGAGUAUAAAGUCAUUGAUUCAUGUGUUAUCCUACCUGAGGCUGUAAACUGUAAGACAGAGCAGUGAGAAAUGUAUAUUUAUUUAUUUAUACGAAUUCUUAGGGCGACUGUAUAGAAACAUACUAAACAGUGAUUGAAAAUUAAAAUCUGCAACAAGGGGAGUAUAGGAAAACAACAAUAAUCAAAAUAUAAUUGUACUAUAAUAGUUUGGAAAGAGGCUUUGGUAAAGGGAUAGAGACUAUGGGCCAAACUACAAGUGAUGCCUGACACUAGUUGGACACUUGUCAGCUUCCCUCAAGUUUUGAUGGGAAAUGUAGGCAUCCUGGUCUUGCAGCUUGGCUCUCCAACUGCUGUCCAAUGGACUUUUCAAUGGUCACUUGUCCAACAUUCCACCAAGCUGCCUACAUUUCCCAUCAAAACAUGAGGGAAGCUGA